UAUAAAUAUCGAGUUAUAUAUGUAUGUAUAACAUGCAAAUGCGUCGACAAAUUUGAUUUUUUUUAGUUCAGUUUUCUUUCAUGAAAUCUUCGCUCACGUCGUGUUUCGUUGUAUCGUCGUACUACUCACUGUUGCCAUCCCUCUUUCGCUUGGACUAGCUCGAAAGCUCGGCGUAGUAUUGAAAGCAGAGCAAAAACAAACAAACCAACAAAAAGAGAACAUAAAGAAGUUCUAAUCUAACUGAACAACAGCUGGCUGCUGGCGAUUCGAGUCCCGAAAUGCGGCUGCACUUCGGCUGCGGCUCUGUUUUGAACACCUUUUGCGCAUUCACAAAUGGCCGCUAAACAACAGCAGCAGCAAGGCGUACGAUUUCCCAAGGCAGCAGCACAGAUAAGUCGCCAGCAAGACUUGAAUUAUUGCACGCAACAGCAACAGCAACAGCAGCAGCAGAAGGAAGAGGCAGCAGUUACUGCAACUGCAACUGCCACAGCCACCGCAAGACGCACACGUUGCAACGCAGCUUCGGCAAACAAUUGUGGAAAAGUGUGCAAACGAACAAUAGAAACUAGAUAGAAAAUCAGCAAAAGCAAAAGCAAAACCAAAUCCAACAUAAAACGGAGCAACAGGCAACAGUGCAACG